CAUUACCCCUUUGAGAAGCCACGGCGUAUGCCACAGUCAGCCUCGCCUUGUACGAUGUUAACAUGGAGCAUAGUGUCAGGCUCCGCUCACGAGCUGAAUCGUAACCCUAUGCGCCAAACUCCUAGCGAUUCGGACGGCGAUCGACCGAGCUCUGCCACGAGCCCGGCCAUAGUAGUUGUCGAUAUAUGAUAUUCAUAAGCAUCCGGCAGCGCUGGUGGCCCAUAUCCAAUCUUUCUCUGCGCUGCAGUGUUACAAGGUUCCAUCGCUGAAGGUCUCGUCGGUAGGCUUGGCAAUGUUACGCCAACGCUAGGGUUCGGGCGGGACUCGGCGACUAAUCAAGGUUAUCAUUUCCGGCGGUGACAGCAACAUCACUCCAACAGUGACUGAAGCCUCGUCCGGGUCCACGCAUAGCGGUCUACGAUCGCUUCGCUCUCUUGCCUCUGUCAACAUCUUCUGCUCCUAACAGGAUUCGCUGCACUCUCCCAACCUCAACGGAGAUAUGGCUGACAUGAAUGGCACUUCUGCCCAUGCCACGCGAGGCCGUCUCGCUGGAAAGAACGCCCUCAUCACUGGCGCUGCAGGCGGGAUUGGCCUUGAAACGACCAUCCUAUUUCUGCGUGAGGGAGCAUCCGUCCUGAUGUGCGACAUUUCGGAGCCAGCGUUAGCCAAAGCGAUCACUAAGGCCAAGGAAACAACGCCGCAUAUGGCCGGCAAACUCGAGACGCUGAAGUGUGAUGUCUCCAAGGAGUCAGACGUCCAGGCUGCAGUUGAGCAGCUCGAUGCGUGGGGUGGCGUUGACAUCAUGUUCAACAAUGCUGGUAUCAUGCAUGGUGAUGAUGCGGACGCCAUUGACACGCCCGAGAAAAUUUGGGACCUAACUCAAGCCAUUAACGUCAAAGGGGUUUGGUACGGCAGCAAACACGCAGUCAUAUCAUUGCGCAAGCACAAGAAGAAUCGAGGCAGCAUCAUCAACACAGCUUCGGUGGUCGCACUUGUGGGCUCCGCGACACCGCAGUUGGCUUAUACUGCGUCGAAGGGUGCAGUCCUCGCCAUGACCAGAGAGCUUGCCAUCGUGCAUGCGCGCGAAGGCUACCGAUUCAACGCUCUUUGUCCCGCACCGCUCAACACUCCGCUGCUGCAGGAUUGGCUUGGCGACGACCAAGCGAAGCGGCACCGGCGGGAGGUGCAUUUCCCCACGGGCAGGUUUGGAGAGGCGAUCGAGCUGGCGCACGCGGUAGUAUUCCUGGCGAGUGAUGAAAGUUCGUUUGUCAACGGCACGGACUUUGUGGUGGACGGUGGCAUGACCAAGGCAUACGUGACGCCGGAAGGGCCAGCCACGGAGCCGCCAAAGAAUCUGGCGAGGUGAACGAAUACCUUGGGUAGCAAUCAUAGACAUGGGUGUUUGCUUACCAGCGUGGCGCUGGCUCGGCGG